AACAUAAAAUAAGAAGAAUUGCUUGAUUAUAGUUAUGGAAGAAGCAACAAAAGUGAGUUCCGAGGUCCCUCUAGUUAAGGUCGUGAAUGAAGAAGCGACAAAGGAAGAUACUGUCAUGGAGAAAGAAGAGGAGGAUACAACAUUUGAUGGUGGAUUCGUAAAAGUUGAGAAAGAAGGGAUCAACGCAAAGUAUGAUGAUGAUGACAAAGCAGAGAAGCAAGCCUUGAUUGAAGGAAACUCGAACGGUGCACAAAGAGAACUACAUGAAUCGCAAGAAAAGGCAAAAGAAUUGGAGUUUGAAUUGGGAAAAGUAACAGUGGAACUGAAACGGUAUGAAUCCGAGAAUACCCUUUUGAAGGACGACCUUUCUUCUACGAAAGGGAGAUUAGAAGAAACCGAAAAGAAGCAUGAAGAGCUUGAAUUGGUUAAAAAGAAGCUGUAAGAACAAAUCUCUGAAGGGGAAGCAAGACAUAGCUCACAGUUGAAGUCUUUGGAAGAUGCUUUGCAGUUACAUAAUGUUAAACAUAAGGAACUAACUGAAGUUAAGGAAGCUUUUGAUGCGUUAGGUCUAGAGCUUGAGAACUCGAGAAAGAAGAUGAUAGAGUUGGAGGAAAGGCUAAGAAGUUCUGCUUUAGAGGCAGAGAGAUUUGAAGAGCUGCAAAAGCAAAGUGCAUCACAUGCUGACGAACUUGAAGAGAAACUGAAGAUUUCAGAUGAAGGAUUCUCCAAAACAGAUUCUCUUCUUUCUCAAGCAUUGUCUCAAAACUCUGUUCUUGAGCAGAAACUAAAAUCUUUGGAGGAAUUAUCCGAGAAAGUAUCUGAACUCAAAUCUGCUUUGUUAGUAGCUGAAGAGGAAGAAAAAAAGUCGACUAGUCAGAUGCAGGAAUACCAAGAAAAGGUAACUAAGCUGGAGUCGUCUUUGAACCAAUCAUCAGCGAGAAACUUAGAGCUUGAAGAAGAUUUGAGAAUUGCUUUGCAGAAAGGUGCAGAGCAUGAAGAUAUUGGAAAUGUGAGUACUCAGCGCAGCGUUGAACUAGAAGGUCUAUUCAAAACAUCGCAGUCAAAAUUGGAGAAAGCAGAAGAAAAAUUGAAAGACUUGGAGGCAAUCCACGUGAGAAACUCGAGUCUUGAAACUGCUUUAAGCGUUGCAAUGGAGAAAGAGAGGGACUUGUCAGAAAAUCUUAAUGCUGUGAUGGAGAAGCUGAAAUCCACGGAAGAGAGACUUGAGAAGCAAGCAAGAGAAAUAAAUGAAGCUACCACAAGAAGCAUAGAGCUUGAAGCUUUGCAUAAACACUCAGAGCUAAAAGUUCAAAAGGCAAUGGAGGAUCUUGAGGAGAAAAUCAGAGUAUAUGAAGGGAAAUUGACUGAAGCAUGUAGUCAAUCACUUUCUUUGCAAGAGGAACUUGAUCAGUCGUCUGCGGAGAAUGAAUUACUAGCAGAUACAAACAACCAGCUCAAGAUCAAGAUUCAAGAACUUGAAGGAUAUCUGGAUUCUGAGAAAGAAGCCGCAACCGAAAAGUUAAACCAGAAAGAUACAGAAGCUAAAGACCUGAUUACAAAGUUGAAAUCCCAUGAAAGCCUAAUCGAGGCGCACAAAAGGCAGGUUCUUGAAGCAUCUGGAGUUGCUGAUACUAGAAAAGUGGAGCUAGAAGAGGCUCUACUGAAACUUAAGACUCUUGAAUCUACAAUUGAAGAGCUUGAGAAAGAAAAUGGAGAUUUGGCUGAAGUGAAUAUAAAGCUGAACCAGAAACUAGCAAAUCAAGGGUCAGAGACCGACGAUUUUCAGGCAAAGCUCUCUGCUUUAGAGGCUGAAAAAGAUCAAAAAGCUAAAGAGCUUCAGACAACCAUAGAAGAUCUAACAAAACAGCUUACUUCUGAAAGAGAAAGACUACGAUCACAGAUCUCUUCUCUUGAAGAAGAGAAGAACCAAGUCAAUGAGAUAUAUCAGAGCACAAAGAAUGAGCUCGUAAAGCUUCAAGAACAACUCCAAGAAGACACGACUAAAUCCGAUGAUAUGGUAUGCGAAAUCGAGAAGCUCAGUGUCCUGGCUGCUGAAAAGUCGGUGUUGGAGUCAAACUUUGAACAAGUAGAAAUACAUUUGAAAAAAGUCGAAGCUCAGUUGAAAGAAGAGGUUGAAAAAGUUGCAGAAUUGACCUCAAAAUUGCAGGAACAUGAACAUAAAGCGAGUUACCGAGAUGUGCUUGACGAGCAAGCAAUUCAGCUUCAUAAAGAGCUUCAAGCUUCUCACACAGCUAUUUCUGAACAGAAAGAAGCAGUGUCUCAGAAGCAUUUGGAGUUGGAAGCUACAAUAAAGAAAUCACAAGAAGAGCUUGAAGCUAAGAAAUCUAUAAUUCUUCAUCUCGAAUCGCUGUUGAAAGAGCUUGAACAGAAAGUGAAGCUUGCAGAUGCUAAAUCUAAGGAAACUGAGUCUACGGGAAAAGGGGAAGUAGAAGUGAAAUCUCGAGGCAUUGACUUAUCUUUCUCAACUCCAACGCAACGUAAGAGCAAGAAGAACUUAGAUGCUUCUCCUUCGCAUUCGCCUUCUUCGGGAAAUGUUACGACUCAGAAAGCUGAAACAUCGCAUCUCAUGACAUUGAAGAUCGUACUUGGAGUGGCUCUUGUGUCUGUCAUUAUAGGUAUCGUUCUUGGGAAAAAUUAUUGAAUUCUUUAUGGUUCUGAUUGUUUUAUACACGAAAGAUUUCUUUGUUUGAUUAUUUCGUGGUUUUAGGACUUUUUGCUUUUACCAUCCUUUUAUUUCUUAUUGGCCAAGCAA